GCAGUGUGUAGAGGUUCACUGGUUCAAUUCAGUCGACGCCACGACUUGCGUCCUCCUGUCGCCUUCGCGUUUAUUUAUAAACUGAGCGUCACCGCCAUUACAUUGAUAAAAUGUUUACAACUCGUGUUGCAUUCUAAUUUAAAGUUUAUUGGUAAAUAAUAUGUGGAUUUUCUAUUUGGACCCAAAGUGAUAUUAAAUCUAAAAGUAUUUGUGAUAAAAAGCCUGCCUUUUGAUUUGAGUCAUUGUUUGAGGGUGAAACCACUGGCGAUCCAGGUUCAGGGCAUCGUGGAUCUCUGCGCGGUGCCAACAAGUUGGCGAGGCGAGCGCGAUCCUUCAAAGACGAUCUCCUCGAGCGUAUUUCGAAUAUGCGUUCACCGGCUCAGCAGCACCAUCAACCGCAUCUUUCAUCUGCUGUUCGUUCCCAUUCACCCCUCAGUCCGAAGCUUCGAAAUAUGGGGGCGAAAUCUAAUACAGCCGAGGAGGGGGAAGUCACGCCCGCCAAAGAGUUAGAACGGCUCGUCAAAGAGGUAACAUUCGGCUUGAAACACUUCUCGGACGUGAUAACAAAGAGGAAAUUGGAAAUGCUUCCUGACAAUGGCACGAUCGUGUUCGAAUCCAUUGCGAACAUACAUAAAGCAAUAAAACCGUACUGCAGUAGGUCGCCUCCUCUCACGAGCGCCGUUAAACGUCUUUGUGCGGCUCUCGCAAAGUUGAUACGUUUGUGCGACGAAAUCACCGCGGUCAGCUUACGCUCGGACGCCAGCAACGAGGAAUUAGAUACGUCGGUCGCAGCCCUGUCGCCCGAUCACGUCAGUUCGAUUGUUAAAGGCGUGACUUCCGCCGUGGAAGAAGUCGCCGCGCUAGCCCAACAGCACAUGACGCGACCGGCGUUGUCGCCCCGACCGGCCCUCGUGUCGCCCAGAUCCUCUACACAAAGAAAUUCAUUGCCAGAUAUACCAUUAACACCCAAAGAACGUUCACUAUUGACAGGUGAACCCGGCAAUGAGGCAGGCGGCGUGCGCGCCUCCCAUUCCUCGGAGUCGGUUCUGGACGCGCCCGACACGCCGCCCCCCAAACCUGCGAGACCCAAUCGGAAAAUCGAGUUCGCCCCACCUCUGCCGCCUAAGCGCAAGUCUAACAACGACAGCUCCCUACUGGGCUUGUCUAUUGAUAGGUUGUCUCUCCAGUCACACAGCAGCGGGUCCCUGGAUUCUAUGUUGAAUAUUUCGAACGACGAGGAUAGGAACCACCAUGACUCAUCUAACCACGAUAAUGUUUUCAUUUCGCAACAAAAUAACGACGUUUCUGGGCUAUGUAGCUGCAGCAACGGAAACGACGUACGUACCUCAAUGGAGUCACAUGAAUCACAUCUGAACUCAGCUCACUUGAACUCGAACCAUAAUCGUUUCUCAAACGAGUCUGGAUUCGUUUCUGUGGGACACGCUGAGAUAUCAACCGAGCACAGUUUCACGUCUUCAUUCUCUUCGCAUCAUUACUCCAGCCAUACGGAUAGUACUUUUAACAGUACAGACUGUGUGAGCGAAAUGAGGUGCACAGUGCAAAGUUUUGAGAGCCGCAUGAAUGUAACAAACAUGAACCAAUGUAUCACGCACCAUUCCUCGCACAGACUGGCGAGCAUUACUUCAGACGAGAGCGAGACUCCACCGGAGCUGCCCGCCAAGACGAGGCGCAACAUUCGAGCCGACGUACAGCAACACUUCCCGAAUGUCGAAAUCAGAUCGAACCCGGUAUGUUCUCUGCACGGCGAUGCCAGGCCGCACACAUUAGCUGAUCACCAUCCACCGAGGCCCCCACCAUUGCCGCUAAAGAAAAAACACAUGUUCCAAAGCGUCGCCUACAGCGUAAUGGCGUACAUGGAAAUGUUCGGUAACUGCAGUCACCCGCCGAACAACGCGGCCGCACCGCCCGAUAUGUUCCGACAUUCCAUACACACGUACAAUUUGGCCAGUUCUCAACACACAAGUGCAGGUGUGAUUAGCGUUCAGAGACAACAAGUUCAAAGGUCUAUAGCUCAAUCAUUUACAGUACAACACUUUGGGAAUCCGCCCCUGAGUGGGUCUGACGACAGCGUCAGCUUAACAUCGAGCGGCACCAGUCCUUUACCUCUAGAACCGCCACCGGCUUUGCCGCCCAAGAUGAAUAAAAAACAGGUUCAAUUGAAUUCGAGCAACGAAUUAUUGCCUCCGCCGUCGCCGCGACCAUCCUCCCACAAUAGUUCGGCAGAUGAAAGUCAUUUAAAUAAUAUUCAGUCCGAUGAAUCAUUUAUUAACAUCACAACGCCUGGUAAAUUCCCACUGGAAUAUGAGUUUGAGAAUCUCUUGGACACGUCGGCGCCGUCUCCUGCUCCGUCACAGAAAAGUGAAGAAGUUGUAGAGCCAUCGCCUGUCGAAAAAGAAAAGCCCGCAACGCCGACCCCACCUGACCCCGACGACAUCGUGCUGCAGACCGACAUCAACAAGUGGCUCGUACUGAAAGGUUCCAACAAGGAUGGACCCGAAAUACGCGGAGGUCACCCUGACGCUCUCAUAGUGCUCGCGACUAAAGGAACCAAAGACUUCGCGUACCAGGAAGCGUUCCUGGCGACGUACCGCACGUGGGUGUCGCCGAGCGGGCUGGUGGCGCGGCUCGUGCGGCGCGCGCACCACCUGCGGGCGCGCCCCCACGACCUGCGCUCCACGCUCAGCCUGCUCACCAGGGUCGUCGCCGAUCUCACGAUGCUAGAUUUGGAUUACCCGUUAAUGCAAGAGAUAAUGGAGUUCAUCUACUGGUUGAUUUACGAAGCCGAAGAGCUCGCAAUAGCGAAAGCGCUAAGACAAAUUCUAGUCGAUAAACAGAAACAGUUGCAUUUCCAACAAACAAACAAUAGAUACGAAUACGACACGCCGUGCUACGGAACAGUGUCGCUUCGUCGCGAUACGUUGUUGGAUUUCAAAGCCACGGAAAUAGCCGAACAGAUGACGCUCUUGGACGCGGCGUUGUUUAUCCGCAUCACCACGGCCGAGGUGCUGUCGUGGCCUCGCGAGCAGUCCGAAGAGAGCUCACCCAAUCUCACCCGAUUCACGGAACACUUCAACAAGAUGAGUUAUUGGGCGCGGUCGAGGAUCUUGGAACAGGAAAAGGCAAUAGAACGUGAGAAAUACGCCAGUAAAUUCCUGAAAGUGAUGAAGGCGUUACGCAAGAUGAACAAUUUCAAUUCGUACCUGGCUCUGGUGUCCGCUUUGGAUUCUCCGCCGGUGCGACGUCUCGGUUGGCCUCGAUACAUCGUCGACACUCUGCACGACUACUGCACCAUCAUAGACUCCUCGUCGUCUUUCCGCACCUACAGGCAAGCUUUAGCCGAGACGCAGCCACCGUGUAUACCGUACAUCGGUCUUGUCUUGCAAGAUUUAACUUUUGUCCAUAUUGGAAAUCAAGAUCUGUUAUCGGAUGGAAGUAUUAAUUUCACGAAGAGGUGGCAGCAGUAUCACAUCAUGGAGAACAUGAAGAGAUUCCACAAAGACAGGCAGUACAAGUUCAAGAAGAACGAGCGCAUCCAAGCCAUGUUCAAUGAUUUCGACGACGUGCUGAGCGAGGAGGCGAUGUGGCAGGUCUCCGAGAGCAUCAAGCCGCGCGGCGGGAAGACUAAGCCGACCUCCGCCAUUUGAACCCUACCUUAUCAUCGUUUACGAACGACGUAGAAAACUCUAUUUAUGUUCUUCUGAUAUAAUAUAUCCAAAGAAAUGAAACGAAUCUAUCCAAUUUAAAAGUGAGUACAUCGAGUUUCGUAAGUUAGAUAAUCUGUCCUAAAAUGGCCUAAUUAAUAUUAGUGUUUAUCGAUAGUUGAGCCGUUUCGACUGUGAUCAUUUCGAAGGUUAGUUCUGCGUGCGUGUGCCUGUAAAGAAAAUGAAUUAAAAUUGCUUAAGAAUCGAAAGCUUUCCGUGUGUAGUACGUACCGGUGUUAUGUUUUGAAUCGAUAUUUAAAUCGAGUUACUGUCUACAUAUCAGCGUGUGACUUGCGUAGCGUAUUUAUUAAACGAGUCUCGAGUGCUUAGGUUUUGAUCCCUGUACUACACGUAUUUAGCUAUUGAUGUCAUAACGUAAGCAUGAUUCAAGUGAACUUCUCGAUACAUCGAAUUAGAAUUGAAUUAACUCGGUAGUUUUGGUAGGUCCACUAUUGUUCGGAGUGUAGUUACUUAAUCGAUUGUUAAGCAUUUUGAGCGUAUACUCAUUCGCUUUUUUCGUCACUUUAAUGUCGUUUUUAAUAUACUAACUUUCGCGAGUAAUAAUUUUAAGUAAAGUGUUAAAUGGGACUCUUUUCACUUAAAAUACAAGUUUUAUACUCCAUCAUCUACUAUAACAUGCUCUCGUAACUGACUCAGGUGAUACGGAAAAUUCAGCAAUAAACCGGAAAUUUGUUAAAAUAACUGGCUUCAAAGACCAACUAUAUUUUGCUACUUAUCAAUUACAUAUCAUACAAAGUGUGUGCCAAAUGCAAAAUUCCAGAAAUCUAGUCCCAUUUCAAGUAAGGUGGAAAUAUUUAUAGAUUUACUGGUACUGUGAAGGUGUGAGAUACGUUUUCAUGGUACACAAAAAGUGAGAUUAAAAUAAUUUUUGGAUGUACGUGUAAUAUUUUGGAGAGAGUUACUGAAAAUGUAUUCCUUCUGAUAAUGAAUAAAGUAGAAAAUGUUUAAAAAAAAUUUAUGGGAAUGUAGUGCUCUGAAUUGAAGUAGCUUGUUGUAGUGCUGAGAUCGGAAACCGCACAGCACGCAACAUCGUGCUGUGAGGAAUUAAUUGAAACAAAAUCCGGUUUGCGUAACGUUUUAUGUAAAAUCUUAAGUAGGAAUUAUUGAAACAUAAAUUUUUAUGUCAUUUUAUUUUUGAUAUUCAAGAUCUAUAUUUUUCCUAUGGAUUGCUGCCUACAAGGAAGCAAGCGUUUUACAUUACGUAAUACUUUUGAGAUCUAUACUCUUUUGUAGUAUUCUUCAUUGAUCGCUCUAAAGCAAAAUUUGAGUUGGUAAAGCUUUAGUUGCAAAUCUGAUAUUCGAAUAAUGUUGUCAGUAAUUAAAAUCGGCCACAAAAUUAGGUAAAAUCACGUUAUAAAAUAAUUAAGUUUAUCGUAGGGUAAAAUAAUAGUGUGUAAUCACCGUUUAAUUUGCCUUAAGACAAACGAGUCUUCAGUGAAUUAGCAAUAAUUUUAUCGUUGGUAGAAUCCGCACAAUUCGUGGUAAUUCUCGAGUAGCGUGCCGCUUUCUACCUUGUGACGUCCUCUAUUGUAGAUGUAGACAUUUAUUAUGUUUAAGCGUAACGAAACCCCAUUUUAUCUCGCUGAAGCAGGCAUUAUAAUAACGACGUGUUACAGUGAGACAGUUCACACGUAAAUAUUAAGCGUCACGUAUGUACACGUGCUGUAUAUACUAUCGGUAAUCAACAAUACAAGCAAUGUUACGUGUAAAACGGGCUUGAUAGAAUUUGCAGCGUCUCACAUUAAUGGAUGACACAGAAAGGGAACGAGUGUGUUCCGUGCAAUAAAUAAUUAGACCAAUGUUUAGAAGUUGUUUACAAUGCUUUAUUGUGAAAUACGUGCUGAUAUUGUAUUUUAUACGUAUAAAUAUUUUUUAUUGUUAGUUACGUUAUAGGGUACCGUGGUACGUUACCAUUUUUUUUUUUUUGUGUCUGGUAUUAUAAUUUAUUUAGCGUGUAUUAUUAUUAAAUUGUGUAACGGUUUGAUAGAAUUAUUAUUAAUGAAAUAUUUUUAAAGACUGCCUAAAUUAAUUAUUAUUAUUAUUAUGUAUUCAAAUUUAAUUUACAUCUAUUAUUAGGAGACAUUGUUACUUAGCUGGAUUAUGACGCCGUUGGAUUCGAUAUAGUUUGUUUUGUGACUAAUGCCUGUAUUUAUUUAAAAAAAACUUUAGAAGCAUAAAAUUUACAUCUAAACAAGGCAACGUGAGUACGUCGGUGUAGCUUGACGCUUUUUGUACGAGCUUUAUAUUGACGUGGAAUGUUAGAACGACGAAAAGUGAGGCCAUUUCUAAUUCGUGAACUUCGAAGAUGCGACGUUUGUUUAUAUGUCACGGGAAUGUGAGGAUUAGUUUAAAUAAGCUUUAAAAUAUGAGGUGCUCUUUGCAAUUUUAUGAUUCGUUCUAUGGUCAGCUGUGAAAGCGACCAACUGUGUAAACAAUAAAUUAUGUAUUGACAUCAAGUCGCAUCAACGCAAAGAAAUCGAAGGAAUGGCCCAGCACUUGUUAAGACUUAUUUCCAAUAAUUCCAAAGAAAAUUCAUUUUAUAAUAUAUUAUGGAACCUGGAGCGACGACUUUAAAUAAAUUUGUUUCUGAUUAAUAACUGUUUUUGCGAUUUAAAAAUAAAGUCUAAAAUAUUUGUAGUCUGCAGCAGUAGGUACAUACUUUUGUUGUAUUGUAUUAGCAAAUUCAGUAUUAUGAUUAAUGAAUGCCAUAAUGUAUGAGAUGAAUUAAUUACUGUACCGAAAUAGACUUUGUUUUUUUUUUUUUUUUUUUAUUUAAUUUUUAGUUAUCUUUAGUGAAAUCAUAAUUUAAUUUACACUAAGGUAUUGAUUUGUACAACCCAUAUAAUCAAAACUGCAUGCAUGUACAGUAUAUUAAUUGGUGUGUCAAGUUUUUUUUUUUUGUAAUUAUUUUGUAAAUUAAAUAUAGCACGUUAUUUACAUCA